GGUCCCGGGUGACUCCCUCGGUGACGCCGGCCGCGUUCUUUCCUCUUCCUCUCGCCUCUCCGGCCCCGCCUUCCCUUUUCCUCCGCCCACCCUGCCGAAGCCGAACCGCCGCCGCCAGCAGCGCCGUCAUGUCGGCCCCCGCCGGGUCCCCUCAUCCGGCCGCCAGCGCCCGGAUCCCGCCCAAGCUUGGCGGAGCCGCCGCCUCAGGAGCCGCCGCGCCGGCAGGCCCGGGCCCGGGGCCGCACCAGCAGAACGGUCCAGCACAGAAUCAAAUGCAAGUUCCAUCUGAGUAUGGAUUGCCGCCUCAAAACUAUAUUGUUCCCUCAGGACAUUACUCUCAAGGACCUGGGAAAAUGACCUCGUUGCCAUUGGAUAGCCAGAGUGGUGAUUACUACUCUGGUCUCUAUACGGUACCAACCCCGAAUGCGGCGACUCCUAACACAGCCAGCCAGCAGCCGGGAGCUCCGCAGAUGUAUGGCAGGGUUCCUCCCGCCCCUCACGCUGUGGGGUCCGCUCCGGGAUCUUUCCAAGGUGCCUCGUCCUCCGCAUCGCAUUUGCAUACGAGUGCCUCCCAGCCGUUCUCCUCUUUUGUGAAUCAUUACAACAGCCCACCCAUGUACUCUGCCAGUUCUUCUGUAGCUUCUCAGGGAUUUCCCUCUACUUGUGGUCACUAUGCUUUGUCAACUGUUUCUAAUGCUGCGUAUCCUAAUAUUUCAUAUCCCUCUCUACCUGCUGGUGAUCCAUACGGGCAACAAAUGUUUACCUCACAGAAUGCUCCAACUGUCAGGCCAAUUAGAGAUAAUUCAUUUUCUGGUCAAAAUACAGCUGUCAGCCAUCCGUCACCACUUCCGCCUCCACCAUCACAACAGUACCACCAGCAGCAGAGUCUUUCAGGAUUCAGUGCUUUCUCGUGGUCAGCUCCGGGCCUUCCAUCAACCCAAGACAAUCUGAUUCGAAACCACACCUCCCUGGCUACAGCCAGCAGCCCAACAAAUACUGUUGCAGAUUCCUUGUCCUGUUCUGUAAUGCAAAAUGUUCAGCCUCCUAAAUCCAGCCCAGUCGUAUCCACUGUUGUGUCAGGAGCCUCGACAGCUAGAAUGCCUCCUGCUGCAAAUCGUCCAGUGGAGCCUGUGGCCUCGGUUACACAGCCGUCAGAGCUAUUACAGCAGAAAGGCAUGCAGUAUGGUGGAUAUGCUAAUAGCCCAGCUAGCUUCGCAGCAGCUCCCUUGUCAUCAGCUUCCGAUGAUGAGGAAGAGGAGGAGGAGGAUGAGGAAGCAGGUGUUGACAGCUCUUCUACGACAAGCAGUGCUUCUCCAAUGCCCAACAGUUAUGAUGCUCUAGAAGGAGGCAGCUAUCCAGAUGUGCUUUCCUCAUCAGCAAGUAGUCCUGUUCCUGACCCCGCUCCCGGCCCCACUCCAGCGCCAGCCCCAGCGGCUCCUCAGCCUUCAAAACUGCCCAAGCCAUUUGGGUAUGGCUAUCCGACUCUUCAGCCUGGCUAUCAGAACGCCACAGCACCGCUUAAUUCUGGAGGACCACCCAGUAGCCCAGUGUAUUCUGGAUUCCAACAGUAUGCUCAACAGUAUCCUGGUAUGAACCAGCUGUCCUCCAGUCUGGGAGGAUUGAGUCUUCAGAGUUCUUCACAGCCAGAAAGCUUGAGACCCAUCAAUCUUACUCAGGAGAGGAAUAUUUUACCCAUGACUCCUGUUUGGGCUCCUGUACCCAACUUGAAUUUAGACCUCAAAAAAUUAAACUGUAGCCCAGACUCAUUUCGGUGUACUUUAACAAAUAUUCCACAGACACAGGCGUUACUGAAUAAAGCUAAGCUUCCUUUAGGAUUGUUGUUACAUCCCUUCAGAGACCUAACGCAAUUACCAGUGAUAACAUCCAAUACCAUUGUGAGGUGCCGAUCUUGUCGAACAUAUAUCAACCCUUUUGUAUCCUUCAUUGAUCAACGUAGAUGGAAAUGCAAUUUGUGCUAUAGAGUUAAUGAUGUUCCUGAAGAAUUUAUGUAUAAUCCCCUUACCCGAUCCUAUGGAGAGCCUCAUAAACGGCCAGAAGUUCAGAAUUCAACAGUGGAGUUCAUUGCUUCUUCAGAUUAUAUGCUCCGUCCACCUCAACCCGCAGUUUACUUGUUUGUUUUAGAUGUGUCUCAUAAUGCAGUAGAAGCUGGAUAUUUGACAAUUUUGUGCCAGGCACUUUUAGAAAAUCUAGACAAGCUCCCUGGAGAUUCACGAACAAGAAUAGGAUUCGUGACCUUUGAUAGCACUAUUCAUUUCUACAAUUUACAAGAAGGAUUAUCACAGCCUCAAAUGUUGAUUGUAUCUGAUAUAGAUGAUGUUUUUCUACCUACUCCGGAUAGCUUACUUGUGAAUCUAUAUGAAAGUAAAGAGCUUAUAAAAGACUUAUUGAAUGCAUUACCAAAUAUGUUCACCAAUACAAGAGAAACACACAGUGCCCUGGGUCCUGCUCUCCAGGCUGCCUUUAAAUUAAUGUCUCCAACAGGUGGCCGUGUGUCUGUAUUUCAGACACAGUUACCUUCCUUGGGGGCAGGACUUCUGCAGUCCAGAGAAGAUCCUAAUCAGAGAUCAAGCACAAAGGUUGUACACCAUCUUGGCCCUGCAACUGAUUUUUAUAAGAAACUCGCUUUAGAUUGCUCAGGGCAGCAGACUGCAGUGGAUCUGUUCCUUUUAAGUUCACAGUAUUCUGAUCUCGCUUCUCUAGCUUGCAUGUCCAAGUAUUCUGCAGGGUGCAUCUAUUAUUAUCCAUCUUUCCACUAUACUCACAAUCCUUCACAAGCAGAAAAGUUACAAAAAGAUCUAAAACGGUAUCUCACAAGAAAAAUUGGAUUUGAAGCUGUUAUGAGAAUAAGGUGUACUAAAGGUCUUUCCAUGCACACUUUCCAUGGGAAUUUCUUUGUCCGUUCCACUGAUUUGCUGUCCCUCGCCAACAUCAACCCCGAUGCUGGGUUUGCGGUGCAGCUCUCCAUCGAAGAGGGCCUGACAGAUGCCUCCCUAGCCUGCUUCCAGACGGCCCUGUUAUACACGUCUAGCAAAGGUGAGCGGAGAAUUAGAGUGCACACUCUUUGCUUGCCAGUGGUCAGUUCACUAGCAGAUGUGUAUGCAGGAGUGGAUGUACAAGCUGCCAUCUGUCUCCUGGCAAACAUGGCUGUGGAUCGAUCAAUUUCCUCAAGCCUAUCGGAUGCAAGAGAUGCCUUAGUGAACGCUGUGGUGGAUUCAUUAUCUGCAUACGGCUCAACUGUCUCAAAUUUACAGCACUCGGGGUUGAUAGCACCCAGCUCCCUCAAGUUGUUUCCUCUCUAUGUUUUGGCCCUUCUCAAACAGAAAGCGUUUAGAACCGGCACAAGCACACGCCUGGAUGAUCGUGUAUAUGCCAUGUGUCAGAUAAAGUGUCAGCCACUUGUUCAUCUAAUGAAAAUGAUUCAUCCCAACCUGUACAGGAUAGACAGAUUGACAGAUGAGGGUGCAAUACACGUUAAUGACAGGGUUGUACCUCAGCCGCCUCUUCAGAAACUGUCCGCAGAGAAACUGACACGAGAAGGUGCUUUCCUCAUGGACUGUGGCUCUAUUUUUUACAUUUGGAUUGGAAAGAGCUGUGACAGUAACUUUAUAGAGGAUGUGCUUGGGUAUCCUGAUUUUGCAUCAAUACCACAGAAAAUGACACAUCUUCCAGAGCUAGACACACUUUCAUCAGAGAGAGCCAGAUCCUUUAUAACUUGGCUUAGAGACAGCAGACCAUUAAGCCCAGUUCUUCACGUGGUAAAAGAUGAGAGUCCUGCCAAAACAGAAUUUUUUCAACAUUUGAUUGAAGACCGGACAGAAGCUGCCUUCUCUUACUAUGAAUUUUUGCUUCAUGUUCAGCAGCAGAUUUGUAAGUGAAGUGAAAUAAAAUUGAAUAAGAAGAAAGAGAUCUAUAACCUAGGUAAAGCAUUAAUCUGUCAGAGAAGCACAUAAGAAAUUUGAAAUGAAGGCACUUGUUACAAGAGGCAGUGCAUAGCGUAGCACCUCGUCUGAGGCUUUGGCAAAAGGUAAAGAGGAAGAAGGAACUUCACAGAUUUUCUUCACUCUGAGUUUGAUGCUGAUGACGCUGUUUCACCAAGUAUAUGUUGAAUUGGUUUCCACACAUUUCCAGAGUGCCGCAGUACAGUUCUCUGUUCAUUGCAAGCUGGCAAACUUCUGUAGCUAUGUGGGAGGAUAUGCCAAUGAAAAGUUAGAUAGAUUCCUUUUUCUUAUAAUUAAUAUAACACUUCUGGACUUGAACUCUGACAGGAGAUGCCAAAAGGCAGUCGUACCAUGUUUUUUGUUUAUAUGAAUUACUUUUUAACAAGGAAUGAUUCAUAUUCAUUAAAUGAAUUCAAUAUUUUCCCUGUAAAAACAAUAGAGUUUCAGUACAUGAACUAUAGAAAAAAUAUAUAUAUAUAAUGUACAUAAAUGUUACAUUUGUAAAGAAAAUGUAAAAAUGUAACUAAAGAAUAUGAAUUGCUAAAAUUGUGUUGCAUUGUUGGAUGACAACUCUUUUUGUCGCAGUUAGAGAAUGAGGUUGACUAAUGCAUAUUAUGAAUUGAGUCCACAAAAGAAACACAAAACUCUUUGUAAUUCUGUUAAAUCUUUUAUGUGGAUUUAUUUAUGAUCAGCCUACUAAUUAAAAAUAUUUUGCUUGACAAUAUGGCUUGGUAUUUCGUGUGUUUAUGGUUGGGGAGAAUUGGUGGUAUUCUUACAUCUAGGAUGUAUUGGAUUUACUGCUCAAGGAAAUGCAGUGAUACUGUAUUUCAACCAGUAAUAUAUGUGAAUAUGUUUUCAUUAAUUUGUGAACAUUACCAAGUACUUAUUCUGUUUGUAUUUGGAAAACAAACCCUACUUUCAAAAUAUAUAUGACUGUUGACUAAU